AAGAAUAUCAAGAAAUACAAUAUAUAUGUUUAGACGCUUGGUGUCAGUGAUGGUCAGGGUAUCUGCUGAGCAUGUACCACGUGACAUCCAGAAACACAUCCCUCAUAUUCAGCCGAAAAGCAAUCUGUGCGUUAGAUCGCAGGCUUACAUCAAAGGCAGCUAAAUAUUUGGUAAACUUACAGAUUCUAUACACUUACAUACAUAGAUAUAUACAUUACAGCUUUCAGGACUCUUGUUGGAUUUCAAGAUACGGCCUUUUUUGCUGCACAUUCAUCUUUUUUUUGUUAUGGAACAAAGAAUACGAAAUGCACGGCGGGCGCGACAUUGUUGGUUUGCUCUUUUAUUUGCUUUAACCGAAUUAUGGAGCGUGGUGUUUGCACAGCUCAAAUACUCUAUUUCGGAGGAGGUUCAAGGUGGAACUUUUGUUGGGAACAUUGCAAAGGAUUUGGGAUUGGAUAAGAACGUACUGAAAAACAGAGGAUAUCGCAUCGUUGCAGGCACAACCGAAACCCCGUUUGAGGUAAAUGAAAACGAUGGUAUCCUUUAUCUGAAAAGCAAAAUAGACAGAGAAGAGGUGUGCGAACGUAUCAGCCCAUGUUUAAUCAACCUAAAAACCGUGCUGGAAAACCCACUUGAAAUCCACUACGUGUCAGUGGAAAUCCUGGAUGUGAACGAUCACUCGCCCGUUUUUCCGGAGAAAGAGAAGAAGCUUGAGAUUUCAGAGUCAGCCCUGCCGGGAGCGAGAUUUCAGUUGCAGGCAGCCCGCGACCCCGACGUAGGCCAGUUCUCCAUUCAGCAGUACAAACUUAGCCACAACGAACAUUUCAGGGUAGAAGUCAAAGAUCGAGGCGAGGAUCGUAAGGUGCCGUUUUUAGUUCUGCAGAAGCAGUUGGAUAGAGAAAUAGCUGCGAAACACAAACUGCGUUUAACAGCGAUGGAUGGAGGGAAACCAGCAAAGUAUGGAGAUAUAGAAAUUAGUGUGGAUGUCCUUGAUGUUAAUGACAAUUCCCCGUUGUUCACAAAAGAAACUUAUUCUGUUACAGUUGAUGAAAAUAUCCCUAUUGGAACUGUAAUAUUUCAGGUAAAUGCAACAGAUUUGGAUGAGGGUGCCAAUAGUGAAAUUAUAUAUUCCUUUGGCAACGAAAUUGAUUCUAAGUUAUUGGAAAUUUUUAGCAUAGAUGAAAACACGGGUGAAAUUAAAGUGACAGGUCAGCUGGAUUUUGAGGAAAGCAAAUCUUAUGAAAUUGACAUCCAGGCUUCUGAUAAAGGACCAGUUCCUCUUACAAGUGAUAAAAGUGUUAUGAUAAGUGUUAAAGACGUAAAUGACAAUCCACCUGACAUAGAAGUGACGUCAUUUUCGAGUUUGAUAAGGGAAGAUGCAAAGAUAGGAACUACUGUAGCUCUUAUUAGUGUAAAUGAUUUGGAUUCUGGGAUAAAUGGUAAAGUGAUUUGCACGAUCAGAGAAGAUGUCCCGUUUUCUUUGUCUCAGUCCUUACAAGAAAAUAUGUAUGCAGUUGUGACCAAGUCACGGUUGGAUAGAGAAAUGAUGGCUCAAUAUGACGUCACAAUCAGUGCAAAAGACGAAGGUGAACCACCAUUUUCAAGUGAAAAGACUAUGAAAGUCGUUGUGUCUGAUGUGAACGACAACGUGCCUGAGUUUGUAUUAAGCCCGUACACAUUUUACAUCACAGAGAAUAACAACCCCGGGGCCUCAGUUUUUUCAGUAAAAGCAUAUGACCAAGACGAUGGGGAUAAUGCGCUUAUUUCGUACCACAUUUUGAGAGAAAAAGGCAGUCAUGACACACUGACUUCGUUUCUUAACAUAAACGCUGAAACUGGAAGCAUUUUGGCGCUAAAGAGUUUCGAUUUUGAAACUCUCAAAACUUUCCAGUUCCAAGUUGUCGCCACUGAUUCUGGGACUCCGUCACUCAGCAGCAACGUC